CGGGAGGGCGUGGGGAGGCAGGCCGGGCGCGCACGCUGCCAGGCUGUAUCGCCGCUCCCGCCGCCGUCGGGACGGGAAGUGAGCGGCCCAGACCCGCAGCGCCAGCGAGCCGGUGAGAGCGUCCCGCAGCCGCCCGCGCCCGGUGCAAAGCAUGGCGGCCGCCAAGGUGGCUUUAACCAAGAGAGCAGAUCCAGCCGAACUUAGAACAAUAUUUUUGAAGUAUGCAAACAUUGAAAAAAAUGGUGAAUUUUUCAUGUCUCCCAAUGACUUCGUCAUUCGAUAUUUGAAUAUUUUUGGAGGAAGCCAGCCUAAUCCAAAGACUGUGGAACUUUUAAGUGGUGUGGUGGAUCAGACCAAAGAUGGAUUAAUAUCCUUUCAAGAAUUUGUGGCAUUUGAAUCUGUCCUGUGUGCCCCAGAUGCUUUGUUCGUGGUGGCCUUCCAGCUGUUUGACAAAGCUGGCAAAGGAGAAGUUACUUUUGAGGACGUUAAGCAAGUUUUUGAACAGACCACAAUUCAUCAACAUAUUCCAUUUAACUGGGAUUCAGAAUUUGUGCAACUACACUUUGGAAAAGAAAGAAAAAGACACCUGACAUAUGCGGAAUUCACUCAGUUUUUACUGGAAAUACAAUUGGAGCACGCAAAGCAAGCCUUUGUUCAAAGGGACAAUGCCAGGACCGGAAAAGUCACAGCCAUUGACUUCCGAGACAUCAUGGUCACCAUCCGCCCUCAUGUCUUGACACCUUUUGUAGAAGAAUGUCUAGUAGCUGCUGCUGGAGGUACCACGUCCCAUCAAGUUAGUUUCUCCUAUUUUAAUGGAUUUAAUUCACUGCUUAACAACAUGGAACUCAUUAGAAAGAUCUACAGCACUCUGGCUGGCAACAGGAAAGAUGUAGAGGUGACUAAGGAGGAGUUUGUUCUGGCAGCUCAGAAAUUUGGUCAGGUUACACCCAUGGAAGUUGACAUCUUGUUUCAGUUAGCAGAUUUAUAUGAGCCACGGGGACGUAUGACCUUAGCCGACAUUGAACGGAUCGCUCCUCUGGAAGAGGGAACUCUGCCCUUCAACUUGGCCGAGGCCCAGAGGCAGAAGAAGGCCUCAGUCGAUACAUCUCGACCAAUUCUCCUACAAAUUGCAGAGUCGGCCUACAGGUUUGGUCUGGGUUCUGUUGCUGGAGCUGUUGGAGCCACAGCUGUGUACCCUAUCGAUCUGGUAAAAACUCGAAUGCAGAACCAGCGAUCCACUGGCUCUUUCGUGGGAGAACUUAUGUAUAAAAACAGCAUGGACUGUUUUAAGAAAGUGCUACGCUAUGAAGGCUUCUUUGGACUGUAUAGAGGUCUGUUGCCACAGUUAUUGGGAGUCGCCCCAGAGAAGGCCAUAAAACUUACAGUGAAUGAUUUUGUGAGGGAUAAAUUUACACGCAGAGACGGCUUAGUCCCACUCGCAGCAGAAAUUCUUGCUGGGGGCUGUGCAGGAGCCUCCCAGGUGAUUUUCACAAAUCCUUUGGAAAUUGUCAAGAUCCGUUUGCAGGUAGCUGGAGAGAUCACCACUGGUCCCCGAGUCAGUGCUCUGUCUGUCCUAAGGGACCUGGGCUUCUUUGGGAUCUACAAGGGUGCCAAAGCAUGCUUUCUGCGGGACAUUCCUUUCUCGGCCAUCUACUUCCCAUGCUAUGCUCAUGUGAAGGCUUCCCUUGCAAAUGAAGAUGGGCAGGUUAGCCCCGGAAGCCUGCUCUUAGCUGGCGCCAUAGCCGGUAUGCCUGCGGCAUCUCUAGUGACCCCCGCUGAUGUUAUCAAGACACGAUUACAGGUGGCCGCCCGGGCCGGCCAGACCACUUACAGCGGAGUGACAGACUGCUUUAGGAAGAUCCUUCGGGAAGAAGGCCCAAAAGCUUUGUGGAAAGGAGCUGGAGCUCGUGUGUUUCGUUCCUCCCCCCAGUUUGGUGUAACUUUGCUGACCUAUGAGUUGCUGCAGCGAUGGUUCUACGUUGAUUUUGGAGGAGUGAAGCCCAUGGGAUCAGAGCCAGUUCCUAAAUCCAGGAUCACACUGCCUGCUCCCAAUCCCGAUCAUGUCGGGGGCUACAAACUGGCAGUUGCGACGUUUGCAGGGAUUGAAAACAAAUUUGGGCUUUACCUACCUCUCUUCAAGCCGUCAGUAUCUACCUCACAAGCCAUUGGUAGAGGCCCGUAGGAGGACCGUCCCUGGGCUAUUGCUGUGGCUUUGUUGUUACUGCAAUAAAGAAUGCCCCAUCUUGGACUGAAGCAACACUUCAUUCCUUUCACUUCCAUCUCCUGUUUAAAUUCAAGUCGAGGCUUUUUAUAAGGUGAAAUCAUUUAUUUUCUGUGUGGUUUCUUAACCUAGGUCAUUGUGAAAUUUUUCAUAAUUAUUCUUUGGGCCUCUGCUCACAAACCUUUGUGUCUGACAUUUGCUGGGAUUUGGUCAACACUAACCUGAUUUGGAGGAAGAAGCAAGUCUGAAAACAAAUUAGAACCAUUCUCCUUAGGAUUAGGAUUAUAGUCCCGAAGAGGCGAUUGAGAGGGGAUCAUGGUGCUCAGAGCAAAAGUGUUCCGUGUCUGUUUAACCUGGUAGGAGACUGGGUGCAUAUUUAUGAAAGUAAAAAAUACUGGAAGAAAUGAAAACAUUAUCAGAAAUAGCCAGCCUGGCUUCAGAUUUUAAGCAUGCACUAAUUCUGUCUCUGGAUUAUAUUAUGAAGCUUUUAUGUGAAACAUGUUUUUUUGUAAUGAAAACCACAUUGAAGAUGUUUAAUAAUCAUAUUCUGUUACUGGUACUAAGACUACUAGGGAGAAGUCUUUUGUGCUUUAGCGAGAGUACUGUUGGCACUGUACUCUGUAGAUGGAGAAACCAGGAUACGCAGCAUCUCUCCUGAUCUGGGGUGACUGCUCAUAUGAGGCACAUGUGCUGAUUGCUGCCUAUUUCAAUAAACACUGUAGAAAAACGCGUGCCUGCCUGUUACUGGUACCUACCCUCGCCGCCUCCCAAUCCCCCGUAAUUGGCAUCCAUCUGCUUUUAAAAUCCAUUUUAUCUUGAAUCAUGGAAGAAAAAUACAUUGCAAUACAAGUUUUUAUUUCAUUUGUGGUGCCUUGCACAAUGGUCAGAAGGCUCAUGUGUUUGUGAAGAAGGAAAUAAACUAUUUUUAAAGC